CGGGCUUACAGCGCCCUCAACGUCCCGCCCGCCUUUCCGGCCCUCUACGCACUCACGCACGCACGCACGCACGCACGCACGCACGUCCCUUGCUCGGCCAUGUUGAGUGGGCGGGGCCGCGAGGCGUUACGUGACUGGGCCACCUGCUGGGGCAUGUGCCAGGUCGUGGGGUCCCGGGUCCCGAAUCCCGGGGUGCGGGCAGGCGGAGACCCCUGCCUUGGGGCAGGAGCGGCUGAGUAGCCGCCAGAGGAGGCCUUAGCUGGGGAGGGCGUGGAGCCCCAUUUACUGCGCAGUGGACGCCAUGGCGUCAGACGGCUACUUGAAGAAGUAAAAUAAGUUUUCUGAGGAGCCGCAUUUCCCAGUAGUUGUUAUGAAAGGCCUCAGUCUCAGAAAAGCACCAAGGGUGGAGGGAGAAUCUGGAAGAUCAACAGCUCUUUGAACACGUCGAAUUUGUGCCUUGCGUGAUAGAGCUUACUGUCUAGUGAAGGCGAGAAAUGCUGGCAUUGUCCUCUAAAGAAGAGCUUCUCAUCAACUGGGGAUGAUUACAGUUCUUCCUAAAAAGAUGAGGGAACAGGAGCAGAGAGGUGGAGUGACUUACCCAACCCCAUGGAGCUGAGUUUUGAUUCAUUCAAGGGGCUCUGACUCCAAAGCGUUAUACCACGUGCUUCCGUGACUCAAGAACCCUUGAAAUAGCCUAUUCAAAAUUGCAUUUGUAUGGAGUCAAGAGGUCACUCUGGUGGACAUUCUUACACACUAUAUAGCAUGGCUGCACUUUUUCUAAAGAGGUUAAUCCUGCAAACCGUAAAGACUGAAACGAACUGCUUUGGAAGAUGUUUUGGUAAACACAUCGUGCAAAAGACGGCACCAGCACCGUUGUCCAUUAUUGCUUCUGCCCCCAGACUGUCCUUCCUAACCCACGCAAAAUUUUAUAGUACUGUAGAAGACAGCCAGGAUGAAAGAAAGAAGAAACAAAAGACUGAAACAGCUUUUAGUAACACUGGAAGAAAAAUUAGUGAGCGAAUUAUUCGCGUAAUCGAUGAGCAUGGCAAUGAUUUGGGCAGUAUGCACAGAGCAAACGUGAUUAAGCUCCUGGACGCGCGAGACCUGCGGCUGGUGAAAAGGAGCAGCAGCUCCGAGCCUCCAGAAUACCAGCUCAUGACGGGGCUCCAGAUCCACGAAGAACGGCUCAGGCUCCGAGAGAGGGAAAAAGCUAAACCCAAAACUGGACCGACGCAGAUAAAGGAACUGACAUUUUCUUCAAAUAUUGGACAGCAUGAUUUGGACACAAAGAGUAAACAGAUUCAGAAAUGGAUUGAGAAAAAAUAUCGAGUUCAAAUUACUAUAAAGAAAGGGAAGUAUGUAGAAGAGCCAGAAAACAAAAUGGAAGAGCUAUUUAAUCAGAUCCUCCAGACCAUGCCUGGAAUGGCCACCUUCUCGACCAGGCCACAAGCCAUUAAAGGAGGAAAAGCCACAAUGUGUGUUCUUCGUCAUUUGAGCAAAAAGGAAGAGGAUGAGUACAGGGAAACUCAGGGGACCCAGAAAGGAGAUGUUUUGACCAAAGAAAAUGGAAAUGAAAAUGAUAGAAACUCAGUUGUUCUACAGCCGUAAUUUUAAUAAAGAAAAAUGUGCUUCUGAGAGAAAAUGAGCUCACUGAUCUGUAGUCCUCUAAACAAAGCAGCCUGAUACUCAGCUGAGGGUAAGUACUGCAACUGUCGAGAGCAUGUUUUCUUCAGUACAGUUCAGUGGCUCUCCAUUUUUUGGCAAGGAUAAGCCUUGUUCUGAUUUCUUUUUAGGAGGGAUAUAUCCACUGAGAUGAGAGGCCAAACUCCGUUUUUCACGGGCUGCUUUUACCUUUGGGAAGAAGGAAAAAUGGUAGAUAAUUGGGAUUCGGAUUCAAAAUAAAAUUUAACUAUUUCACAGUUCAGUUGUAUGUCCUCAGAGAUAUACAGUACUCUGUAGGAAAAUAAAGUCCGUAAGAUCACCUUCAGUAGCCAUGUAGAGUCACACAAUAAAGAGUUGAGAAUAUUCUAAACAGAAUGCAUCUGCCUCAAGCAAUGUAUGUAUUAGUGGAAUGCAAAGGCCUAAGUAGUUUCAACUUACUUUGAUCUUCAUUUUCUUCUUGUCAGGAUCAUGUACAAUAGCAUGCCUAAUGAGACUUUGCUACAAAGAAAGAAACAGAAAAAAAGCUCUAUUUCUAAAACAUCUACAUUUGGUGCUUUUUAAUAGGAAAACUCCAUGAAUUAUUUAAAUAAACUGUCAGUCUUUUGCUACAUGCUAUUGAGGGAUUGGCCUCAACUGAAAAUUCUUCCUCCACCAGAGCUAAGGAAAGAACCAUUCUUCUUGGACUUAAAUCACUAUCCCUCAAAAUUCCCAAGGACCCAGAUUAGGAUUUAUCUAAUCCCAACUACCUGUGGCCUCUCAUUUCUUUAAUAAGUAACGGGGAAAACACCGUUCUGAAUGAACCACUCCAUGCUCAAGAAGGCUACUGAACUGAAUCUACCUAAACCUAACACCAAUGGGAAAUGUUACCAAAACCUUGCUGUCCUUGAUGGUGAUGCUGACCCACUGCCACCCCAAGUUGUUUUCUCGUGGUCUGGACUGUGCUGAGGCACCUGCAAGAGCACCUGCCGGAGAGCCAGAGUCUGCAACCCUGCACACGCCCUCCCCACAGUGUCCUAUUCUGACCUGUUUGAACCACACGGAGACCUAGACUAGUUCCCACAGUUCUGUAGUCCCUGUGCUCCUUGUUGCCCACUUCCCUUCUCCAUGCCUAGGUGGAAUGGUCUAAAAGCAUACUCUUAGGAACAGGAGGUAUAUGAUACAUAGGCCAGUGGUUCUCAAAUGUAGCACGCAUACGAAUCGCCUGGAGGGCUUGCUAAAACACAGGUUGCUGAUUCAGUAAGUCUAGGAUGCGACCUGUAAAUAUGUAUUUCUGAUAAGUUCCUGCUGGUACCAAUGCUACUGGUCCAAGGCCACACUUUGAGAACCACUGACCUAGGCAAAUUUGGGAGUUCUAAAGACUUCAGUUAGGAAGAACCAUGGGAUUUGAAGGAAGAAAGGAAGGCCUAAAGCCCUGUUCACCCAGCCCGCCCCACCCACAGCCCUGGGACGCCAUCCUGGAAUCCACGGCUCCCAGGAACCCAGCUGGAAAGGCACAGCCUGAAGGUCUGCAUGUGUGAGGAGGAGUACUUACUCUCAUUGCAAACCUUCUGCCACAGCCAGCGUGUUCACACGUAAAUGGGCGCUCUUCCUCAUGGAAGGAGAGAAUGUGGCUCUGGAGGUUGAACACAGUCGUGUAGGUCCGACCACAGCCUUCCCUGGGACAGCGACACACAUCUCUUUCUGGGGCGUGAGUUUUCAUAUGUUGUUUCAGAUAAUCUUUGCGUUUGAAUGUUUUCUGGCAUACUUCACAAGUUGUUUCCUCUAGCAGAGCAGACAGACAAAUGUAACCAAUUUCCCCAAAUCUUACCAUGUAGAAAUAAAUGAAUAUCCAAUACAUAUGAGGUAACAUUUUUUGUGCCUAAAACCUUAUGAGCAGACACAAAUCAGAAACUGCAGAGGACACCUUAACCCAGGUCUUUAUUGCUUUAAAGUCUGUUGUCUCGAUUCUCCCAGGUUUAUAUAACAUGAAGUCACUGUGAUCACUUGGCCAAGGACCUGGAGUUCUCAGCUGGUGUGGGUGGGCAAGUGGAGAAAAUGGAAUGGAAACCCAGUUUCCCUCCUUGCCCUCCAAUCCUCAUGGCCCUGCUUCCCAAACCGCUUCUUAGAACACUAGCGCCUUGCAAGUGUCUUUACUUGUGAGAGUUUUCAGAAUGCGAGUGCUUCAUGCCUCCAAGGAACCUGGCAGAGCUCCUCCCGCACUUGGGACUGCAGCUCCCUCUUGCUUAUUUGUCAACCAGCCAGUGUCUCAGUCAGGCAAACUGACUUAGGCCCUGACAGCUUCAGUACCCAGCACCUCAUAAAACAUACUACAGAAUCCUUUUUAAGGAUAUCUAAAUAGUAUUUUACCCUUUUUAAAAGCACUAAGUCAGUUCUUCUGGGGCAGAUAUUUAUACCAUGCCAUACAUUAUCUGCCUUACCUUUAUGGGCUUCUCUCACAUGUUUCAGAAGCUCCGUCCAUGUUUUUGCCACAAAGGAACAUCCCUUUUGACAUACAUAGCCUAUUUAAAAAAUAAAUAAAUAAAAGGUUGGUGCACAGCCUAUGAUGAAUACUCAGUGUAAAACUGAUCGUACAAGGAAACCUGCCUGCCUAUAUGAUUCUCCUACCUCCCAAUGCUAUUCUAUUCUGUUGGUCUUGAGAGGUGGAAAUAAAAACUAAGAAGUUUAUGUUACGGUAAAAUCAGCAACUGCAUGGCAAGGUGCUUCACAGGAAGAUUUUACCUCCGUAGACUUCCCAAGAAAAGACGCCUUCCCCUUCUCUGUUCUCAGUCAGCUGUGGACUCCCCAGCCUUAGUUUCCCACCUGCCUCCCCAUCGCACUGUUCCUCACCCUGCCUGUUUCCUGCGUGCUUCUCUUAUCCUGGUCCUUUGUCUUGGCAAACAACCAAUACUGAAUUUCAGUUGUUUCAGUACCCACCACCUCACUUCCUCGCAUCUUGCCAUCUUUUAAGUUUCAAGAAGUAGGUAGGGUACAGCCAAGGAAGAAAAUAAAUUAGAAAGACACUGUGAACAAAACUGGACUUUGAAAAGGCUCCAAAUGCUAGUUAUGCAAAGCUAACUAGAACUGGGUUCAUCAGUCAAUGUGGGAGCCAGGCUGUUUCACCUAACUAAACACUGGACGGUGACUCAAAGGAAUGAGCUGCAUUUCACUCUCAGCUACUAGUCUCUUGUGUUCUUUUUAAAUAAAGCCCAUAAAUUCUAAGGCUUGGGAACACAGCAAAAAUCUCUCAUGGAAACAGCUAAUAAAUUCAAGUAAUUUCAUCAAGUCCUUUUGAAAAAAGUUACAAUAUGCUCUGAAAACAUCAAACUAUUAUCCAAGCCCUUUAUAUGGCUCACAAGGAAGAGAAUGGCACAGGUAGUAAAUAAGAGGUUAAAAGCAAUUAUAAAGAAGGAUGGAAUGCCAUGGCUGGAGCCCUGGCGCUUUCCUAAGUAUAAAGCAUAACCAGGCAACUGCCGCAAACAGUACAGAAAGUCUGAACAACGAUGGCACCGGAGUGGAAUGACGGACACAACAUAUAGGGCCUCUGGUCAGGAGAAAAAUAUCUGACUAAGCAAAAUGCCCCAUCCCUUUGCUAAUUUUUAUCUUCUUCCACCUGUAUAGCUUAGUUUUCUGUGUAUGAUGAUGGAAUAGAAUAGAAAGCACUGAGAAUUCAAAGAAUUAAACAAAUAUACUCUAUCCCGGUGUUUUACCCAGAGUGGGUGCCACACAGGACCCCUAUACGUACCCUCGUGUACCUUCUCGUGUCGCUUCAGCCUGCUGGGUGACGCAAAGGGUCUUCCGCAUCCCUCAUGGUUACACCUGGGUUACCAAGACAUCAAGUAUUAGCCAAUCCAUUUUAACCUAGUACUCAAUGAAGGAUAAAUAUUACCAUGUCCUAAUUCUCCUGCCAGGGUCUCCCUUCUUCUCAUACCCAAACCAGCCAAAAUUUAGACCUAAUCAUAGGUGAAAUCCAAGUUACCUGACCAGCCUUGGGUCGAAUCUAACUGCUGGAGAG